CUUCGACCUCUGCCGCCGCUGCCGCCGACGCCGCCUCGGAAGAGAGGAAGCGGGAGAGGAGCCCACGUCGCCUGUCACCUAAAUCCACGCCACGCCGCCAGGAGGAAAGAUGUUCGCCUGCGCCAAGCUCGCCCGCACCCCCGCUCUGAUCCGAGCUGGAUCCAGACUUGCAUAUAGACCAAUUUCUGCAUCAGUGUUAUCUCGACCAGAGACUAGGACUGGAGAGGGCUCUACAGUAUUUAAUGGAGCCCAGAAUGGUGUGUGUCAGCUGAUCCGAAGGGAGUUUCAGACCAGUGUAAUCAGCAGAGACAUUGAUACUGCUGCCAAGUUCAUUGGUGCGGGUGCUGCAACAGUAGGAGUUGCUGGGUCUGGUGCUGGUAUUGGAACAGUCUUUGGCAGUCUUAUCAUUGGUUAUGCCAGAAACCCUUCACUGAAGCAGCAGCUGUUCUCAUAUGCUAUCCUGGGAUUUGCCUUGUCUGAAGCUAUGGGUCUCUUUUGUUUGAUGGUUGCUUUCUUGAUCUUGUUUGCCAUGUAACAGAAAUUACUGCCUGAAAUGUUGGCAUUCAUAGUAAUUAUGGAUGUAAUUCUGUGUCUCUUGCUGUGACUCCAAAAACUGUAGCACUGGUGUCAUGGAAAUGUACGUUAUUUCCAAAGUCAUUUCAUUAAAGAUGAAAACUUUAA